GGCUGAUCUUUGGACAGCAGAGUGACGAACGGGGUUUUGGUGUAUUUUACAGUGUCGGGGAGUUCUGCGAAACACGAGAACCAACAUACACACACGCACACACAUCUUGCAUAAUGAAAAUUUGGACGUCGGAACACACAUUCAACCACCCAUGGGAGACGGUGGCUCAAGCAGCGUGGCGUAAAUAUCCCAACCCCAUGACACCGUCCAUUAUUGGCACCGAUGUGGUCGAGCGCAAAGUGGUGGAUGGUGUUUUGCACACCCACCGCCUGGUCCAGUCCAAAUGGUAUUUCCCCAAGUGGACCCAUAAAAUAAUUGGCACAGCCAAAUCAUGUUUUGCCAGCGAACGCUCAUUGGUGGACCCCUCGAAGCGACAAAUGAUCCUGAAGACUGUAAAUUUGACAUUCUGCCGUCACAUAUCGGUGGACGAAAUCAUAUACUACGAACCACAUCCCAAGGAUCCCACGAAAACAUUGCUAAGACAAGAGGCUUCAGUGACAGUGCAUGGUGUGCCGUUGUCCCAUUACAUGGAGGAUAUGGUCACUUCGAAUAUUAGCUUGAAUGCGGGUAAAGGACGAUUGGGUCUGGAAUGGGUAAUUGGCCGGAUAAAUGCCGAAGUUAAGGGUAUUGCAGAGACAGCAGCCAAGAGCACAGAUGAUUUGAUAAUGACCACACGACGCUCCCUGGAUGAUAUGACGGAAAGUGCACGAAAGAGUAUGGAUGAAAUAAGCGCGCAGGCCGCUAAGCACAUGCACAUUUAAA